AUGCCGCCGCGACUGAAGACGGAGAAAACGGGGCUUCGCCGCCGCCGGCGAGAGGAUGCGCUGCAUCACAUCGUCCAUACUGCGGCGGAGGUAGGCGUGGACGACGUGGCGCUGGCGCAGCACGCCGUCGAGGUCGAUCCUAACGCGGAGACCCAGGCGGGGCGGGGCUUGGAUGCGCCGCCGCCCGACCUCGUCGUUGGUGGGCACGCAGAGCUCGGCGUCGACGAUGGGGCGCUCGUCGAGCAUGGCGUCGAGGUCGAUCCUGACGCGGAGACCCAGGCGGAGCUCGGCUUGGAGGUGCCAGCGCACGCAGAGCUCGUCGUUGGUGAUGCGACUCGGGGUACUCAGGGCAUGGGUCCGGACCUUGGCGCGCUGCUGCACAAGGUGGAGGCUCUCAUGAACGACGUUGAUGCGCUCGUCGACGCGGUCGCGGCGUUCGUCGACCGGGUCGCGGGUAUGAACGGCAUGGAGGAGGAGGAUGGCUUCGCUGCGUUGCUUGACGCGGUCGUGGAGUUCGUCGGCCGGGUCGCGCGUGUCCGUGCCAUGAAGGAGCGCUUCGCUCGGCCAAGAUCGACAGGGUCUGUGGGCAAUGGCUUUCCUCGGCCAAGAUGGAUGUUGGCCUUGGAUGAAGAAGAAGUGAUAAUAACACCUGAAAUGCUAGGUUCGUGCACGCGCCCUGGUCUUGAUGCAAUGAUGAACUAUAUGAAGAGGCGGCUGGAAGGAUUUUUUGUCCAAAAGGACCCCCUGCCGAACGCUAUUGUCAAAAAGGACUAUCUGCAGAUAAAAACGUCAAAAAGGACCCCCUGA